AUGGCUUCCACUUCUUCCAAUACAUCCCCAGUUCCUAACAAUAAAGUUUGCAGAUAUGAUGUGUUUCUAAGUUUUCGAGGCGAAACUCGUUUCACUAUUACCGAUCAUCUCUAUGUUGCAUUACAAGAUGCAGGACUUAUCACUUUUAGGGAUAAUGAUGACAUUGGCAGAGGUGAAGAUCUGCAGCCAGAAAUUGAGAGAGGAAUUAGAGAAUCAAGAGCAUCAAUUGUUGUACUAUCUGAAAAGUAUGCAAAUUCUAGAUGGUGUCUUGACGAGCUAUGUUUGAUCCUUGAGCAAGCAAAUAAGCGAAGACAUUUUGUUUUACCGAUUUUUUAUAAGGUUGAUCCCUCACAUGUUAGGAAUCAAGAGGGAAGUUUCGAAAUAAAGGUGAAAUGCAAUACAAAGUGGACACAAGGUAACGUUGAAAGGUGGAAGGCAGCCCUCAAGAAGGUAGGUAAUAUGGCUGGCGAAGUUGCAAUUGGGCCUGAAACGAAAUUUUUGAAAAAAGUUGUUCACAUCAUUGAGAAAAGGCUUGAUCUCAAAGAAGUUUAUCGUAAAGCCAAUCUAGUAGGAAUGGAUACUUGGCGUAAGGAGAUCGAUUAUUGGUUAGAAAAAUCCAAUGCCCAAAUACUAGCAGUUUGGGGAAUGGCAGGAAUUGGUAAGACGACUUUGGCCAGGCACACUGUCUACUCUAAUUGGGAAAGUUUUGUAAGCAUCAGCAUAUUGGAGGACAUUGGUAGUAAAUCAACAAAACAAUUGCAUAAGCUACAACAAAAGCUUCUUGAAGAUAUCUUACAGGGCAAGAAGAGAAAAAUCCCCAGUGUUUGGCAAGGUACGAGUAAGAUCGAAAAUGCCCUAAAAACAGAAAAGGCACUCAUUGUGCUUGAUAACAUUGUCGAACCGAGCCAAUUGUUUGCCUUAAUUGGAACUGGAGUUAAAACACAAUGCAAGAUUAUAAUAACAACAAGGAAAAGUAAUCCAAAUAAAUGGUUUGAGUCUGCAGCUCGGUGGUGUCAGGAACUCGAAAUGAAAUCGCUUGAUAAGAAUGAUUCACUGGAGCUGUUAAGUCGUCAUGCUUUUAGAUCCCAAUAUCUGACCGAUGGUUAUGACCGUCUUGUAGAGAAGGCACUAUGGUAUUGUGAAGGAAAUCCACUUGCUCUUGAAGUAUUGGGUUCCUCCCUAUCUCAGAAUAACAGGCAACUUUGGGAAAGUAGAUUGAAUUCGUUUGAAAAAGAGCUUCAUGCUAGAAUUCAUAGUGUACUGAUAGGGAGCUAUGAGUCCUUGCCACUUGACUCAGAUAGAGAAUCGUUUUUGCAUAUUGCUUGUUUCUUUGUUGGCAUAGACAUAGAUUAUGUAGUGAAGAUAUUAGAGCCUGAUUACUCGGCUUUAUCUGGAAUAGAAACCCUCUUUAAGAGUUGCCUUCUUUCGGUUUCACCAAACAAAAAACUAAUGAUGCACUGA